AGCAAAAAAAAAAAACAAAAAAACCAGAAAAACUCAUCAGACUAGUAAAGAGAAGUAUCAGCUGCGGUCUCGUCCUUUUGGUCGCACGUCUGAAUCACCAUUAUCAUCAUCAUCAAAGACCUCUCUUUGUUCCCGUGACAGAUCCUUCUUAACCAAAAUACUUCACCGACCCAUUCCUUUUAUUUCACCCAACCCAAUUCUACUCCUGGGUUCCGUAAUUACGUUCCCGGGUUCGACCUUCUUCUCCGGACAAUCUGAAUAUAUCAAACUUUGUUGUUUUCUUCAGACAUUGCUUACUCCAGAGCAAGCUAAGCUAUUUCAGACUCUUCAUUACAUGUCGGAAACUUCGGCUCCGGCUUGUCUUUCAGGUUGUGUGUUGUGGAGAUAGGAUAGCUUGGAACAAAGAUGAGGAUAAUGAAGAACAAACACAACAAGAAAGCAACGUCUUUGCGUUGUUCACCUUUCACUUUAGUAUCAGCAGUUGUGGGAUGUGUUUUCAUGAUUCAUCUAACCAUGUUAUAUUACAGCAGAACAUAUAGUGUAGAUCUUGAAGUUUCACCUCAGUUACUAAUCCACCAUCCCAUUGUCCGUGAGCUCGAACGUGUUGAAGAAGAGAAUAUUCAUAUGCCGCCUCCGAGGAAGCGUUCUCCUCGAGCUAUCAAACGUAAACCUAAGAGACCAACCACUUUGGUAGAAGAGUUUCUCGACGAGAAUUCUCAGAUUCGGCAUCUUUUUUUCCCCGAUAUGAAAUCUGCUUUUGGUCCUACCAAGAUUGAUGUUAAUGACACAUCGCAUUACUAUUUCCCUGGUAGAAUUUGGACUGAUACUGAAGGUAACCCGAUUCAAGCACACGGCGGUGGCAUUUUGUAUGAUGAUGUAUCUAAGGUUUACUAUUGGUAUGGUGAAUACAAAGAUGGACCAACUUAUCUUUCUCACAAGAAAGGAGCCGCUCGAGUUGAUAUAAUCGGUGUUGGAUGCUACUCAUCGAAAGACUUAUGGACAUGGAAAAACGAAGGCGUUGUAUUAGCAGCCGAAGAAACAGACGAGACACAUGACUUACACAUCUCCAAUGUACUCGAACGGCCUAAAGUAAUCUACAAUUCAGAUACAGGGAAAUACGUGAUGUGGAUGCAUAUAGACGAUGCAAACUACACUAAAGCAUCAGUUGGUGUAGCCAUUAGCGAUAACCCAACAGGUCCGUUCGAAUACUUGUACAGUAAAACACCACACGGGUUUGACAGUAGAGACAUGACCGUCUUCAAAGAUGAUGACAACAUAGCCUACUUGAUAUACUCAUCAGAAGACAACAGCGUGCUGCAUAUAGGUCCUCUAACCGAGAAUUACCUCGAUGUGAAGCCGGUUAUGAAGAGAAUCAUGGUUGGACAACACAGAGAAGCUCCUGCUAUUUUUAAACAUCAAAACACUUACUACAUGAUCACUUCUGGUUGUACUGGAUGGGCACCAAACGAAGCAUUGGCUCAUGCAGCUGAGUCUAUAAUGGGUCCAUGGGAGACAUUAGGGAAUCCAUGUGUAGGUGGUAACAAUAUUUUCAGGUCAACGACGUUUUUCGCGCAGAGCACGUUUGUGAUUCCGUUACCAGGUGUUCCUGGUGUGUUUAUAUUUAUGGCGGAUAGGUGGAAUCCAGCAGAUUUGAGGGAUUCGAGAUAUUUGUGGUUACCGUUGAUAAUUGGUGGACCGGCUGAUCGGCCUCUUGAGUAUAAUUUCGGGUUUCCUAUGUGGUCGAGAGUUUCUGUAUAUUGGCAUAGACAAUGGCGGUUGCCUUCACCAACAGAGAAGAAGAUUGCUUAGAACAAAAAAGAGACUUUUUCACUUUCUUCUUUUGGUCUGUUGUGUCACUGCUGCUCAUUGUCAUUGUUAUUGUUGUUGUUGUUGUGCUGCUCUGUAUUCAUUUACAGGUUAGAAAGAGAGAGAGGCUAUAGGCCAUUGUGAAUACAUAUCACUUUGAGGAUAUAGUGUAUGAUGAGUUCUAUUACAUUUACUUUAGGACACAGUUCUGUUACAUU